CCACAGACCAACCUCAAAUUGUUGCAACGAUAUGACAGUGAGAGCUAUCAAAAGAAAACUGGCCGUGACAUACUUACUCUUACAAACUGUCAAACACGGAAGUCCGUUAAGCAAAAGCUCCUUCUAUUCCAUCUACAACCAUCUGAACCAUUUGAAUCAAUCUACUUUGUCUGCUUCGAAAAGACUGAAGUAUACAGUUGGCGGGGUGAAUAACCUUGGAUCCGGCUUUGCGUUUAGAGCGCACUUCAAUGUUGACGUUCGAACCAAUCAGUCGAAUAGCUGUUGUCAAAUGUUUGGGACCACGUUUAGUUUUAUUCUUUAAAACAUUUGCUUUAUUCUACGUUCUUUAUCCGAAAUAUGAGUCAACUGUGGGUUAUUGUGUUUUUAAAUGCGCACCUAUUUUAUCACUUGUUACGUUUGUUUAUAUGUAUGGGGUUAAGAUACCAAACAAUCAAGCCUAUUCUUUAAAAAUUUUUCUUGGUCUUCUAUUCUCUUGUCUAGGUGAUGCAUUUUUGGUAUGGCCUAGUCUUCUUAUUCCUGGCAUGGCUAUGUUUGCCAUUACACAUAUAUUAUACAUUUACGCAUUUGGUUUUCAACGUUUAAAACUAUCUAUAUUGUUCAUUUUACUGCCAAUACUUCUCUGUGUAUGUGUUUCUGUAAAAGAAGGACUAGACGGUAUCAAUACACUUGUUAUUCCAGCUUAUGGAUUAAUAUUAGUAAUUAUGGUAUGGCGUGCAUUAGCCCAAUUAACUAAACAUGAAUAUUCUAUACCAUGGACAUGUAUAGCUUCUGCCGUUGGUGGAUUACUAUUUGGUGUAUCUGAUACUAUAUUAGGAAUUUGUUUAUUCUCUAGUGAUAUAUCGUCAUUUAAAUGUAAUUUAAUUUUACCAACGUAUUAUGCUGGUCAGUUGUUGAUUUCUGUAUCUGUUGUUGAUAGCCAUUUAACAUCAAUAAAAACGAGUCCAUAUCAUGAAGACAAAAAGCAGUAGUAGUUGCGCUCCUUUAUUAAAUAAAAAGCCUUUUCUUCCAUCACCUGUUUAUUUUCUCUACUUUUUGACAUAUAUUUGUCUUCAUUACUUCUUUGUACUUUUUAGCUUGCUUAUUAUUUCACGAUGUGUUUAUAUUGUUGUUCAUAGUUGAUGAUAAAUAAAUAAACGCUUAUUUUUGCAUCUGUUAUCUUGUUUUAUUACAUACCUGUCUAUGUAUGGCAUUGUUUCUUGUUAUCUAAAUCAUGUAGCCGGUUUUUCAUGAAUUUAAACGAAAUUGCAACACCCCUAUAUAAGUUGUUGAGAAUCACCAAGUUUAUGUGGACUUAGAC